AUGGCCGACAUCCAGGACGACCCUGAACCUACCCGGCGAAGGAGCAAUGCAUCGAAGAACGGAGCGGCCGUCGAGGUGACGCAGAACCCACCGGCUCUCCAGGAGUAUGAGCGGCUUUUCGGGGUCGACGAAGAUGCCUAUGAGCAGCCGACCACCACGCGCCGAGAGCUGUGGGCAUAUUACCUCUACUAUAACGGGGACAAUGGUGUCGGCCCGGGAUCUUACAGCCAGGCCCUCUUUCAGUGGGCUCUAACCAAGUCUGGAUUUCAGCCCGGCACGAAUCCGCCCGAGCCCUGCACCAACACCUCGGCUUGCGUGGUACCCUGGGCCGGGGGCACGCGAGCGAUUUCCUCGGUGGUCCUGAUCGCCAACGGCCUCUGUUUUGUUUUUAUGACGGUGAUAUUCGUUUGGCUAGGGAGCGCGGCCGACUACGGCUCAUUUGGCCGAUGGCUUCUUCUAGUCCUUACCGUGGUGUGUUGGGCUCUCCAGUACGGAAUGAUGGCCAUCAAACGGCCUUCCCAGUGGCCUGCAGCUAUGGGAAUGUAUGUUGUUGCAUACAUAUCUUACGGCGCAACACUCGUGUUCUACGCUGCAGUGUUCCCUCGUCUAGCGAGGUUUAUGCCGCAUGUGCGCAAGGCGCGUGAGGAAGAUCUGAGAGAAGGCAAGAUUGACCAGGAAGAGUACGAUGCAAUCGAAUCGCUGGAGAGAAACCAUAUCAGCAAUAUAUCCACUGCACACAGCAAUAUUGGAUACCUGCUCACGCUGGUGCUCAAUCUGAGUGUCCUCCUCCCCCUUCAAAGUGACCAAUACUCCAACAAUCUGGCCCUGUGCCUGACCAAUUCAUGUUCGUCCCUUCACCCUUUUACUUGGCUUUCAUCUGACGCUUGUCUAGAUUGGGUGGUCCUCGGCAUCUGGUGGUUCAUCUUCCAGCAAAAGAGACCCGGUCCCAAGAUCCCAAAGGGUUCAAAUUACGCAACCAUCGGCUUCAAGCAGAUUUGGCUAGCUAUCCGAGAGGUCAGGUCUCUCCCACAGACAUUUAUCUAUUAUGUCGCCUAUUUUCUACUUGCAGAUGGCCUCAAUACCACCGGAACACUCGUCAGCAUCAUUCAAAAUGAUUACAUCUCCUUCUCAUUUUUGCAGCUCACUUAUCUUGGGAUCACGCAAGCUGUCUGCUCGAUUGCCUCAACCUUCGGUUUCUGGUACAUCCAGAAAUAUUUCAAGUUUAAAACCAAAACCAUGUUCCUGGUGACCAAUUUCUUCAGUGUCUUCAUUCCCUUCUGGGGCAUGCUGGGACUGUGGACUACCAGAAUCGGAUAUCAUAAUCGGUGGGAGUUCUACUUCUACAAUGUCGUUUUCGGGCUCUUCCAAGCCCCGUACUACGCGUACGCACAAACAAUGAUCAGCGAACUCAUGCCCCGGGGAUACGACAAUAUGUUCUUCGCCCUCUUUGGCAUUACCAACCGUGCUUCCUCCAUCAUCGGUCCCAAUGUCAUCCAAGCCAUCAUAAACGAUACCAACAAUAAUUGGAUGGGAUUCCCAUUCCUGUUUUCCAUCUGCGCCGGGGCCACAAUUGUCAUCUGGUUUGUGAAUGUCGAGAAGGGCCGCGAAGAUGCCAGGCGGUAUACAGAGGCGCGGAAGGUGGAUCGUGUUGUGGCGGAGACGGGAUUCAGUCAUGACGCCCUUGUGAAGGGACAGGUGCCACCAGCAACUGAGAAUGGAGAUGGGCAUGCUGAGAAAGGCAAUACGAGUGCAUAG